AUGACAGACUCAAAACCCAACCGCCAGCUGCACCUCACAGCCUUCAUGAGACCUGUGUCGCUGCACACGGGUGCAUGGCGAUAUCCAGGCUCAUACCCUGAUGCCAACUUCAAUUUUAAACAUAUCGCUAAAUUUGCCCAGAAGCUCGAGGCCGCGAAGUUCGAUGCCUUCUUCAUGGCCGAUCAUCUGGCCGUGCUGAAUAUGCCCGUCGAGGCUCUCAAGCGCAGUCACACAGUCACUUCAUUCGAGCCUUUCACUCUGCUCUCUGCUCUCUCCGCCGUGACGGAGAAGAUUGGCCUCGCUGCAACUGCAAGUACAACAUAUGAUGCGCCGUACCAUGUGGCCCGGCGAUUUGCCAGUUUAGAUCAUCUGAGUGGCGGCCGAGCAGCGUGGAACAUCGUCACUACCGGGAACCCGGAGUCGAGUCACAAUUUCGGCUUCGAUGAGCAUUUGGCCCAUGGUGAUCGUUAUAAGCGUGCUCGUGAAUUUUAUGAAGUUGUGACGGGGCUUUGGGACAGCUUUGCCGAUGAUGCUUUUACCCGUGAGGUGGAGACAGGAGAGUAUUUUGAUCCUGCACGGUUGCAUGUGUUGAAUCAUACCGGUGAUGAGUUGAAAGUGCGCGGACCGUUGAAUAUUGCUCGGCCGCCUCAGGGAUGGCCGGUCAUUGUCCAGGCCGGACAAAGUGAGCCGGGACGACAGCUGGCGGCUGAAACUGCCGAGGUGGUCUUUUGCAGCCCGAAGGAUAUUGAUGCUGCCAAGGCACUGUAUGCGGAUAUCAAGGGACGAGUGGAGAAGGCGGGUCGGAAGCGGGAUCAGUUGAAGAUCUUGCCUGCGGCCAUGAUUAUUGUUGGGGAGAGCAAGCAAGAUGCGCAGGAGAAGAGGCUCAAAUUGGAUAGCCUGGUGCACUAUGAUAGUGCCAUUGCUUCCUUGUCGAUCUCGCUUGGAGUGGAUGUCAGUCAUCUUGAUCCGGAUAGUCUGUUGCCGGAAGAUUUGCCCGAGUCGAAUGCCAGCAAGACGGCGAGGGAGGCUGUCGAAAAGCUGGCCAAGCAAGAGGGACUAACAAUCCGCCAGCUUGCACAACGGUAUGGUGGAUAUUCGGGACUGGCGUUCCUUGGCUCGCCCAGCGACAUCGCCGACGAGAUGGAGAUUUGGUUGCGUGAAGAGGCUUCAGAUGGUUUCACGUGCACUUUCCCCUUCUUGCCUCAGGGUCUGGAGGAGGUGACAGACAAUUUGAUUCCGGAACUCCAGCGAAGGGGCCUUUUCCGCAAUGAGUAUACGGGCUCAACCCUGCGUGAACAUUUUGGCCUGGCCAGACCUGAGAACCGAUUCUUCAGCGAGACAUGA